AUGGCCUACGGCAUCAUGGGCAGCACGCGCCAGAGCUUCAUGCUCACGUACCAGAGUACGCGGCCCGUCAAGGCGCUCUACUUCGACGGCGAGUCCGCCGCGCUCAUGGGGCUGGGCCAGCUGGACACGCAGAUGCUGCACCUCUACGGCAACGUCUCCGGGCCGAGCAGCAAAGACGGACGCUGGCGCGGCCUGGAGCCCGAGUAUGACCGGGCUACGGGGCUCUGCGACUGGUUGCUGGAGAAGAGGUUGAGGGGCGAAGGGUGGGGGAUCGAGGGGUAG